UUUCUUUCGUGCUGUUUGAGGUCGGACAUUUUUUUCAACGCACUUCGCUGAGACUUGUUUACAAAUAACAGCUGUCUGAAACUCACCGCAGUAUAGAUGUUGUGUAUUUCGCCACAUAAUGGAAGAGGAACUGUAAAUAUUGCCCCUGAGAGAUAUUCUCUUCGAGACCAAGCCUGACAGGCUUGGUGUCGUGUCGGCCAGUCUCAUGGCGGAGGGACGCACCAAGCUAACACUGAGGCGCCUGGAGGCUCCCAUUCACAAGUUCAUUAAAGUGGCUCUACCAACUGACCUCGAACGACUUCAGAAACACCACAACAACAUCCUGAAGUACCAGCAAAGCCAACAAUGGGGCCGUCUUCAUCAGGAGCACAUAAAUGCCAGCCGAACAGUUCAGCAACUGCGAGCCAACAUCAGAGAGAUGGAAAAGCUGUGCGGCCGCGUCCAAGCAGAAGAUGCGGCAGCUCUGGAGAAGCUCGUCAAGCCGGUCAAGGACCGGGCGUCGGCCGCCACGCGAGACUUCCUGCAGUUACACUCCAACGCUGCCCUUCAGGUCACGCCUUUGCCACCACCUGACUUUGCUCUGCCAUCCGGUCGGGGGCCCAGCACUCAACAUGCUGGUGACGACAUGGACGAGGAGUCCGUUUCUGGCUGGCAAAUCCACACCCAGCUGCCAGAGAUACCUGUGGAAGAGAGUGCUGCCGAGUCUUGGGAUAACCUGGAAGAGGACCUGAGGCAGCUGAGUGGUUUGGUCUCUAGCUUCUCUGUGCUUGUCCAUUCCCAGCAGGAGAAGAUUGACAGCAUUGAGGACAACGUCAACACGGCCGCUGCCAAUGUGGAGGAGGGGUCCAAGAGCCUGGGGAAGGCGGUGGGAUACAAGUUGGCCAUCCUGCCUUUGGCUGGAGCACUCAUCGGCGGAGCGUUAGCCGGCCCGCUCGGCCUGCUGAUUGGACUGAAAACCGCGGGAGCAGCAGCCGUUGGGGGCGGGGCCCUGGGCUUCGCGGGCGGCAACCUGGUGAAGAAUCACCGUAAAAACUUGCUGACGUUGCAGAUGAAGCAGUUGACGGUGCCGCCAUCCGACGUUCGGUCAAGCAAGGAUAAGUGACAGACGGUCGGCCUUGUGUUCCUUGCUUGAUUAAUCAAGACUGCGAGCUGUUAACUACGGAUGCGAAUCCGUUUGCGUACAGGACGUACGUAACGAUCCUCUUUUGUGCUGACAGUUGUGUGUUCAGCCUCAUGUUAUAUAUAAAAUGGGAGACACCAUGGACACUUUUAGAGACCCUCUCUCCUGGAAGAACUACUGUCUGUUUUGUCAACUUUUACAUGAUCUCAUGAGAUCCGUUACAAGAGCUGUGUAAAAAAUAAAAUAAA